UUUAAAUAAGUACAAGACUUUCGAUGGAUAUUGCUAUCAAGAUGAAAUCGAUAACCCUGAUCCCUUCAUUACUUCGUCCUCUAUAUCAAAAGGAAAUGAUCUUGAAUCCAUAGCUCUCAGAAUUCUUAAAAAUAUGAAGAUUGAUUGUCAAUGA